UAUUAAAUUUGCAAAAAUUUAGGUUUGUGGUAGGCAAUGGGAAGUGAGUGCAUAGUUAAAAAAAAGGGAAGAAAAUAAAUUUGUGAAAAAAAUUUUGCAUUAUCAUUUCGAGUAAAACAUGCAGCAAGGGACAAGCACAAACAACAUUAACGGUGUUGCAAUGACAUGUAACGGCAUCAAAACAUGUAGUUAAUGUACGAAAAAAUUAAUUGUCGACCCAGCGAACUCUUCAAACAUCACUCAUACGCCCCGUUCGCCACUGAUUCUGGUCGAUCAUUAUUGAAUGAGCUUCGUGUUAAGGUGUCUGGGUGAAAUUUAAUUAUAAGAUAACACAUAAUUUACAGCUACUACCAAUUACUUGUCACCUAAUUUAAUAACUGUUUACCUAGUCUGUAAGUGUAUAUUUAUAAUUGCUCGCUAAUCAGGCGCACAAACCCAACACUGAGAUAAUGAUUGUUUACACUGGGAGAAAUAGUUAUUGAAAAUAUGAAUUUUUGGUAAAUUAAAUUUUUUAACAAUAAUAAUAAUGGUGCUUCGGCUCUUACGAACCCCUUAUUAGUGAAUAAUUUGAAUUGCGAAAUUCGAUCCAACCUCGGAUCGAGAAAAAUAUUAUUUUACUAUUUAAGAGAUGCAGGAAAGCUUUCUAUCUAUUUUGAUUUUAUUUUUUCAACAUAUUUUUCAAGUGAGGUUCUCAUCGAGACCUAGACCUAGAAGUCGCUGAUUGAUGUAACAGUCGUCAAAUAUUAUAAAAAGGCAACAAAUACAUAUAUAAUAUAUAUGGCAACCGGAUUUCAUAUGAGUCACGUCUAACAAACCUUUAGUUUUUACAUGAAACUAUGAACGGUUAAAAGGAAAGAAGAAAAUAUUUCAAUACCGUAAACUAAUUUUUUACGAUUCUCGUGCGUUAGAAAUCAUCUUGGUCAAAUAAGAAGAGUUAAUAAUAAACGUUUAUAAGUCCAGAAGAUUUGAUCUGAAUUUAGAAUCAGUUUUGUUAUUUUUUGCUUCUUUUGUUUUUUUUUUUCAGUGUACAACAUUAAAACGAGAUUAUAAAAGUAACUGAAUUUCGCCGCGGCGCAUCAUUUAAAGCGCGACAUUAACAUUGAAAUUAUAAAUAAUUUUAUGCAAGAAAAAUAUAAGGCAAUGAUUUUAAAUACAAAUGGAAUAAAAUAUUUUUUUACAUUACUAGCAUGCGCAAGUGUUGGUGCGGUAACCAUGCAACAAUUCGAAGCUUCUUUGGACAUGAUGCGCAAUGGCUGUGCACCGAAAUUUAAGGUUUCUGUGGAUAUAUUGGAUAAAUUAAGAGCUGGUGAAUUUACCGAAAAUAAUAACGAUUUAAGGUGUUAUACCAGAUGCAUAGCACAGCUGGCAGGAACGCUGACUAAAAAAGGUGAUUUUAGCGUGCAAAAAGCAUUAGCACAAAUUCCAAUUAUAUUACCACCUGAGAUGCAGGACGCGGCCAAGGAGGCUUUAAACGCUUGCAAGGAUGUUCAAAAGAACUACAAGGAGUCAUGCGAUCGAGUUUUCUACACAACGAAAUGUGUACGCGAUUAUGAUCCAACUACUUUCAAAUUUCCAUAAUUACAGCUAUUUUGUAUAUUUGAAUAUAUGCAUGCGUGC